AAUACUAAUAAUACUCGAUCUUGAUUGAAUGAUUUAUUAUAAAAGAAAUUUAAAACAAAUACAUUUUAAUAAUGUAUCUGUUACUGACUUACUGUGAGUGUCCGUAAUUUAUUGGUGAAUGCUGACAACACGUCGACUUUAGACACUAUCUAAAGCCGUGACUGAAAGUUCCCUGGUGAAUGUCUACAUACACAUUACACGAUACACUUAAUAAAUGUUGAAUAAUUAAAAGUAUAAAGGUAGACAUUUACUAGUGGAUGACGCAUGUAGACAUUUACGUUAGAAUUUUGGUCAAUGUUGAUGUACACAACAUGGCUUUGGUUAAUGUCGACAUAGAUCUGAGGACUGCUGAUUUUAUUAAAAAAAAUGGUUAUGGUGGUGUGAUUAAAAAAUAUGGUUAUACAAGAAAGGCCAUCAAGAAUGCAAUUAAUACGGAUGGAUGCAUUUAUAGGAAUUGGAAAAAAAGUUCAGUUUCAAGAAACUUUAACAAAGUAAUUGGAUUUGCGCCUAUUGUUAAAGAUUUAAAUGAUAUUCAUAAACUAUUGGAUUUAGUAUUAAAUGAGGCUGAUUUAAUUAAAAUUGGAGCAUUUAGAAAAUUGAACAUGCUACCUUUUAGUGCUUUAAAUGAGGAAGGUAAAAAAGACUUAAUUAGUGCAAAAAUACAAGCCACUACAGAAUUGAUAAAAUAUUCUAGUGUUAAACUCAAUUGGCCAAAAGUAAACAUUAUAUUUCAACAAGGAUUAUUCUAUGCAUACUGGUGUGGAAAAAUAUUUAAAGAUAGUCCUGGUGAAUGUUUUAAAAGGAAAACUCAGUUACUUGAAACCUUCAUAUUUCGUCAUAAAUUUGAAAUCAAUCGUGGAAUGAGACGUUGGUUAGUCAAAACUUCUAAAGAAGCCGAGAACUACCUUGAAAACGAUAAGACAUUACAAUUUAUCAAUACAAAAAUAGCUUGUAAAAUAAAACUAUUGCAAGAAAAUAAACCAAUAUUAAUAAAAUUAGCAAUGAAAUUGUGUAUGGGUGGUACUAAGAAAAAUAAGGCUUUCAAUUGUGUUACAGAAUUAAAACCAUUUGAAAAACACCUAAAAGAAGUUGGUUCAUAUACUGGAGAAUAUCAUUAUUUAUUAGCAAAAGCAUAUGCCCACCAAGAUGAUGACUUAUCAGCUUUAGAACAUCUUCGCAUAGCACUUGAAGCACACGUUUUAGACACAAAGAAUUUGAGGAAAAAAAAUACAUAUGCUGCCUUUUAAAAUUGUUAAAUUAAUGAUAAUUUUAUUUAGAAUAGCUUCAUAAAAACGAUAUAAAAGAUCAAUGUUUUUUAUAACAGAUCUUAAAUUUUCUAGUAAUGAUCAUUUUUACAGGAAUUACCCUGAUACUUGAA